GCGCUCGUUUCCUCGCAAAAAGUCCCAACCGACGCUUCGAACGGCCAUCUUUGCCCUCCGAUCAAUCAAAAAUGUCGUCAUUUAUUACACCUUCUGUGUACACCUUCAGGAGCUCUGAAGGUGCUCUACCUUCCUUUCAUCAUCGUCUCCAAAUCACGAACCCUUCACUGCAUCUACCAAUUCAAUUCUGCAACUUCAUUCCUCCUCGAUUCACUUAAUUUCGGAGAUCGGUGUCUCCCACUGCAAUACCUAGAAACAACCGGAUUGAUUAACACCCCCAAAUGUCGCCCAUGACAUUCUUCUUCGAGGACGACAUCGAACCUCUAUUCUACUUCAAACGAUUUGGUGGUAGAUUUCAUGUUUUAUCAGAAACUGUGUCACAGUUUCUUUCGGAAUCCAUGGCUACAACGACUUGUGGCGACACCACAUCCGACGUCUGCCGGAACGACUCAGAAGCGUUAGUUCUUAAGAUGGUUGCUAUUGCCGCAAUUCUCACGGCUGGUGUUGUUGGCGUCGCAAUUCCCCUCGUCGGAAAGAAUCGUAAGUUUCUACGAACUGAUGGGAACCUAUUCGUCGCGGCGAAGGCCUUAGCGGCGGGAGUAAUUCUGGCCACUGGCUUUGUUCACAUGCUUCCCGACGGUUCUUCUGCGCUUUCCGACCCUUGCUUGCCUGAGUAUCCAUGGUCGCAUUUCCCGUUCGCUGGGUUCAUCGCAAUGAUGGCUUCUCUGGCCACCCUCAUGUUCGAUUUCGCCGGAACUCAGUUUUACGAGAGGAAGCAGGAGAACAAACGAACGGAAAAUGAGGUCGGAGCAGUGGACGGAUCGUCGGACUCGAUAUCGGGUGUAGGAAUCGUCCCGGCGGCGGAACGGACGGAAAAGGAAACCAGUGAGAAAGUGUUUGGAGAAGAGGAGGGUGGAGGAAUGCACAUCGUGGGGAUACACGCGCACGCGGCGCAUCAUAGACACAACCACCCGCAUGGGCGGCACGGGUGCGAGGGGCACGUGGGAGGAGAGGGCUUACACGAUCACUCGCAUUCGCACGGGUUCGGAGAUGGCGACGAAGAGGAAGGUGGUGUGAGACAUGUCGUCGUUUCACAGGUACUGGAGUUUGGGAUAGUAUCUCACUCGGUGAUAAUAGGGUUAUCGCUGGGGGUGUCGCAGAGCCCAUGUACCAUAAGGCCAUUGAUAGCGGCGUUGUCAUUCCAUCAGCUCUUCGAAGGAUUCGCAUUGGGAGGUUGCAUAUCUCAGGCACGGUUCAAGACAAUGUCUGCUACGUUAAUGGCAUGCUUCUUCGCCAUCACGACACCUGCAGGGAUUGCUGUGGGGGCGGGGGUGGCGUCAUUUUACAACCCAAACAGUGCAAGGGCGUUGGUGGUGGAGGGAAUUCUGGAUUCUAUCUCUGCGGGGAUCCUCGUCUACAUGGCCUUGGUGGACCUCAUAGCCGCUGACUUCCUCAGUAAAAGGAUGAGAUGUAACGUUCGUCUCCAGGUCGUCUCCUAUUUUGCCCUUUUCCUCGGAGCUGGAUUGAUGUCUUCUCUCGCCAUCUGGGCUUGAAUUCUUGAUCCCAUUCUCCCCCCUCUGGCCUUUUUUUUCCGGAAGAACUGGGAAGAACUAGUAGGGAUAGAUUAUUAAUUUUGGGUAGAUUUUUUUUUUUUUUUAAUUGGGGGUUAAUGGUUAGUAUGUAUUUAUAGUUCUUUACUGCCGAUGUUGGGCACACAGUUUACUCCAAUUCAAAAUUCAAAGAGGCGAAGAAUUGUAAUCUAGAAAGGAAAAGAAACUGAAAUUGGAAUUGAAACUCGAAAGUUCAUUUUUUUUCUUA